AUGCCCGACUUUGGUGGAUCACGAGUUCUAUCGUCGGAGGCGAAUAGUCUCCUUCGCCAUGUCUUGGAUGAUUGGAACCCACAGUAUGGCCUAGGAAACAUGGAUAAUGGCGUGUACCAUACCGCUUGGAUAUCCCUCAUCUUGAAAGCUGAUCAGUGGGUCUUUCCAGAAUGUUUCGAUUUUUUGAUCAACACGCAGCGCAAGGACGGAAGUUGGGGAAACCCAGCAUCGGAAGUUGAUCAGAUUUGUGAUGGGCUCGUGUCUCUUCUUUCGAUCAAAAGACAUCUAAAGGGCCCUGUCAGCUACUCUAAGAAACAGGAAGCUGAUUUGAAAGACCGGUCUGACCGUGCAAGUCAAUUUAUCCAGACCACCUUUUCGAAAUGGAAUAUCCAAAGCUAUGACAUAACGCUUCCUAUAGGAUUUGAGAUGUGGUUCCCCACAGUUCUUGAUCUCCUUAAGGAAGAGGGUAUGGAAUUCACCGUUCCUCAAAUGGAUUGGAUUUUGAAAAUUCGGACUGCAAAGUUGGCAAAAUUCUCUAAUGAAGACCUCUUUAGUGGAUCUCACAGUUCAGCCUUGUACUCGCUCGAAGCAUUCAUCGGAAAGGCUGAUUUUAGUCGAUUAGGUCAAUGGAAGGAGCUCAAAAUGGUCGCAUCUUGCCCUUCGGCUACAGCGGCUUAUCUCAUAGAAGCUCCUCAAUGGGACGAAGAUGCGGAAUUAUAUCUGCGCCAUGUUGUGCGGUCGACUAUCUCAAACAAUCGGGCUGUGCCAGAAAUGUUCCCUUCAACAUUUUUCGAGUUUUCAUGGGUAGUUUCGACAUUGCUUCACAGCUUCUCCAAGAAAGAACUUGACCACACCUUGCUCCAAUCGCUGCAGGAUAAAUUUGUCGGCUGGUUCGAAGAGUACGAAGGGCUAGUUGGAUCCGGUGAAUCGGUUCCCCCCGAGCCUGACUCGACCGCCAAAAUGCUGACAGCCCUCCAUCUUUUGGGUACGUCACACUCUCCAGCCAAUAUGAUCAAAUGUUGGGAGGGGCCCCAUCAUUUUGUGACUUAUGCGGGUGAACGUAAUGCAAGCUGUUCCACGAAUGCACAUAUACUUAUCGCCCUUAUCCAUCUCUCAAAAGAUAACGAGUAUAGUCAAUUUAUUGAAAAAUGCGUGCGGUUCCUGUGCAAGUCCUGGUGGGAUACAGAUGGAAUUCUUUAUGACAAAUGGGUAAGUGAGGCGAAUGUAUACGAAUUCAUCGGAAAGGAGCCGUACUAA